AUGCUCGCAAUAGUUGCAAAUAACCCCCAGUUGAUGCAGCAACAGCAGCAGCAACAACAGUAUCUUCGCCAGCGGAUGAUGAUCCAACAGCAGCAGGCGCAUGCCCAACAGCAGCAACAGCAACAUGGGCUCCCCGUAUCACUACCAAAUGGCACACAGGGGUUGAAUGCUGCUCAGCUGGCUGCGAUGCAAGCAAACCCCGGAAUGGCACGAAAUCCCGCGAUGCUUAUGCAUCUUCAACAACAAGUUCCCCAUGGCCAACCCCAAAACCUGCAGCAGCAGCAGCAGUUGUUCGCCAUGCAGCAAGCGCAACAUGCACAGCAACAAGCGCAGGCAAACAAUGGACAGCCCGGCCAGCAUACUCCUCAGCGCAGUUCAGCGCAGCCCCCAAGUAUGCAUGAGACCCAGACUGGCACCCCUCAGUCUCAGCAUGGUGGUCCCCCACAGAGUGGAACUCCUCAGCCGAAUCCAUCCUCGCAGCCACCUUCGACUCAACCGCCGCAAUCGCAAGGUCCCCCGCAAGCGCAAGCUACUCCUCAGCCUCAAUCGCAGUCACUGCCCCCGUCUCAGCAGCCUGGGCAACAACCCACCCCGUCGGGCCCUCAGCAGCCAACCCAGCAGGGCGCACAGGGUCAACAGGGUCAGGUAUCCGGCCCGCCGAAUCAGCAGGCCAUGGCUGCUCAGGAAGCCCAUUUGAAAGCCCAACAACAGCAGAACCAGGCUGCUUUGAUGAUGCAACAGCAACAACAAAGGCUAAACAGACAUGGCCAGUCUAUCCUGUGUCUCCAUUCAUAUGCUGAACACCUCGGGAAUUUUGCGAGCCAGGGCGAAGCCGUUGAUCUUCAGUACUGGCAGGGCUUUGUGGACAGAUUCUACGCCCCGGGAGGCGUUUUGCGCCAAGGGGUUUGGAACCCCCAGGUCGGAUCCAAGCAGUUUGAGAUCUCGACCCCAGCUCUUGCGAGGUAUUAUCUCACCCAGUUUACGAGCGGCAUCAAGCAGAUCCAGAUGGUUGUGGAAGCUGCUCGGGAGCGGGAUAUGCCCAACGGAGGACACAUGGUGGAGUCCCAGAAGGCAUCGUUUAUUUACUGGUUCACGAAUGAUUGCCAACUCUUCACCAAGGCACACCUUCGUGCCCAUUUCGACAUUAAUAACAAGAUCGAGAUGCUGGAUAUUGGAGUCACCAGCUAUAAUGAAUAUGUGCCUCGGAGCCUUGUCCAGUCUCUCGAGGCAUCGGAGCAGAAACAAAGCCCCAAGGUGACCAAGAAUUCUGGGAAGCGGACGCAGAAGCAAUCUCAGAGUGCCUCGCUGCCAGAGUCUAUGGUGACUUCUAAUGGUGUUCCUACCCCGGUGAUGAGUUUCCUCGAGCUGGCUGAGUGCAUCUCCCAUAUGCAGCUGCUCUUCAGUUAUUCGCAACAGAACCCCAACCUUUCUCCCCCAGAAGCUCUCCGGAAUCUUGUCAAUACCCUUCAAACACAUGGUCCGACCCCUCAAUUCGCGACCCCCAUGAACCCAGGCAUGCAGCCUGUUCCUAACGCCCGUGGCCCCAAUAUGAAUGGCCCAACGCAAUUUGCCUCGCCUGCGUUGCAGCAUCUCGGCCUGCCUGCUGGGCAAGGUUCACCUCACCUGACUGGAUCAGCUCAUGCGAGCCCAGCCCAGAGCCAGAUCGCUGGCGUCCCGGGAAUGCCUGUCCAGCCGUCCCCAGUUGGCGUGAACAACAGCCCCAACGUCGGCGGCAAUAAACGCCGCCGCGCAAGUACAGUUAAGAUGGAGGCCGAGGAUGGCGGUGGUCCUGAAGUUAAUGGCACCGGUGGACAGGGUCAAACCAAAGUGAAGGCCAGCCCUCGGGUAACCAAACGACAGAAGGGUGCUGCUUCAUAA